AUGAAUGAUUGGCUACGUGAGAUGGUACUUCAGUGGAAUGAGCUGCAACAUUACCAAAACGUCCUCCUUAAUGAAGAGUUAGCCGAGAUAAUUGUAAGCAGUGAGUUUCAGACACAUCGUGAGGUUGUUAGGCAAUUCUUUAAGCAUUACGACUUUGUGAUUCAGCGUUUGGCUCCGUCGUCGGCACAAGUGAUGAAUGCUCUUCGAGCAGAAUCGGAGCUGGAUUCCCGAAGCAGCGAAACACAAAUACCCAAUAUCUGUGCUGCUCAAACUGAGCCAAACAAACGGCUACACAGACAUAUUCAGAAACCCUGGAAAGAGAAGCGACGAGGUCGAAGUCAAUAUAAGGCCCAUGGCAGAAACCAUUACCAGAAGUCGGGUGAAGGUAGUGGCAAGGCUUUAACAGUAAAGAAGUAUCAUGGAGACAAUCGUGAAUGCUGGAACUGUCAUGAAAAGGGCCAUAUCCAGCGAGAUUGCACACGUCCGAAGUACGCCAUAGAUAAUUCCAAGUCGCAACUUUCGGAGCGGAAACGCUGGGAAAAUAGAAAGCAGAGUAAAUGCCAAUUUGGGAACAGAAGAGAAGUUGCCAUGCUCAAUUUAUUGUCAUGUAUGCACGCAUAA